UUCGGCGCGACGUUUGCUGAAAGCACGGUCGACGAGUUUGCUCGGGGUCUGUCGAGAGCGAACGAGUUACAACAGGAAAAAACGCACAGGUACCGAAGAUCAACGUGACCAUGUCUUCUCCACCUACGAAAUUACAGCUGGACGCGACGGCCGUAGAAAACUUCUGCGAGUACCUGCAGAUACCGUCGAUGCAGCCGGACAUUAAUUACGAUGACUGCGUGGCGUUUUUACAGAAGCAGGCCAAGUCCCUCGACUUACCGAUCAAGAUUUAUCAUGUACAUCCCAAAAAACCUAUCGUGGUUCUCACGUGGGUAGGAACGGACCCAACAAAGCCGUCGAUUCUGUUGAACAGUCACAUGGAUGUUGUGCCAGUUUUCGAAGAAUGCUGGACCUAUCCGCCGUUCAGCGCUCACAUAGACGAGAAGGGCAACAUUUACGCUCGCGGCAGCCAGGAUAUGAAGUGCGUGGGUACCCAAUACCUCGAAGCAAUUCGCAGACUGAAGCUGAGCGGGCAACGCUUCUCGCGAACCAUCCACAUAUCUUUCGUGCCGGACGAGGAGAUUGGCGGUCUUCUCGGUAUGAAAGAUUUCGUGCACACCGAGGACUUCAAGUCCCUGAACGUCGGCUUCGCCUUGGACGAGGGAGUGGCUUGUCCGCAGGAACACUUCUACAUGUUCUACGGCGAGAGAUCGAUCUGGCACGUGGAGGUACACUGCGCCGGCAACACUGGCCACGGCUCGAUCAUGUUGGACAACACGGCCGCGGAGAAAUUGACGACCAUCAUCAAUCGCUUCAAUGAGCUUAGGUUGACCGAGAAGGCGAAGCUAGCGGACCCCACGAAAUACAAGCUCGGCGACGUGACGUCCGUGAAUCUCACGAAAAUCAGUGGUGGUGUACAGACCAACGUGAUACCCAAGGAGAUCACGGCUAUGUUCGACAUUCGUAUAGCGACCACUGUCGAUCACGAAGAAUUCGAGGCUACCAUUAAACGCUGGUGCGAGGAGGCCGGACCGGAUGUAACGUACACCUUCGAAGAGAAAAAUCCCAAAGUCGAGAACACGAAGCUCGACGAUUCCAAUCCUUUCUGGAUCGCCUUUAAAAAGAGCUGCGACGAACAGGGUGUCGAACUAGAGAUCGGUAUCUUCCCGGGAGGCACAGACAGUCGCUACGUGCGCUCGGUGGGCAUUCCAGCUAUAUGCUUCUCGCCGAUGAAUAAAACCGAGAUUCUUCUUCAUAAUCAUGACGAAUAUCUCAACAAGGAUAUUUUCCUGAAUGGAAUAGAGAUAUAUACCAAAUUAAUACCGGCUGUCGCGAAUGUUUAAGAGCAUAUGUAUUAAUACUCCAAUAUUCCGAAAGUGUUAGUUAGUCCGACAGCUAGUUACAGAGAAAAAAAGAGAGAUCAUCAGUGGUAUAUCAGUGAUAUACGCUUGAAGUUGCUGAAAAACUGAUAAUUAUAUGCACAUAUGCGUUAUAGCGCGUCAUGUUAAAACGUCUAUUGCAUUUAUAUACCAAUGUUAUGCAAUUUAUGAUUUUAUCACUGUUAAAAAUUAAUAUUUUGGAAUUCGUUGUUAUCUUGAAAUGAAAUUAUAUUCUCGAAGGAGAUAAUAUGAAAAAGCACGCACAGUCAGCUGUCUAGGUCAUAAUUCGAGCGAAGAAUGUCGUACAAGGGAUGAAAGAAAUGUACGGAUUCCUCACGUUGUCGUAUGCUAAAUAUAAAUCGAAGCGUCUCACGCGGUUCUAAAAUAAUGUAAAGUUUGAAAUGGUAACAAGAAUACAAAUAUAAUAUUACUAAGAAAUUA